ACUCGGUCAACUUUCGGCUCGUAUCGAAGGUUGACUUGACAGCCACAAUGUAGAUAAAAGGGUUGCAAGACGCCCGUUCAGAUUCAACAGUUGACCAGACAGAAUUAAAUAUUCUCUUUAUAGUCAAGAAGACAAGCCUGCGUUUCUCAUCCCCAAAGUCACGAUUUAACUCAUAAUUCCACCACAAAACCACCUUCGCACCAUGACUUCCAAUACCAAGACGGUAGCUUUCUUCGGCGCUAGCGGUGGCGUCGGUCUGUCUGCUCUCAAGCACAGCCUUGCAGCAGGUCUUCAGUGCACUGCACUCUGCCGAACUCCCUCCAAGCUCGAGGCCAUUUUCCCAGCGGAUUCAACUCCCAAUCUGAAGAUCAUCAAAGGCGAUGCUCACGAUAUCACCGCGGUCACCGAGUGUAUUCGUACAUCGGGUGGCAACCUCGUUGAUAUGAUCAUCACCACCAUCGGUAGCCGACCAGUUUGGUACAAGAUGACCCUCGAAGACCCAGAGUGCUGUCGAAAAGGCGCAUCCGUCCUUGUUGAAGCAAUCGCUCAACUUCGAAGCCAAGGGGCAACUGGCCGCCCCUACAUUGUGCCCUUCAGCACCACUGGCAUGUCGCGAUUUGGCCGAGAUUAUCCUCUUCCCCUGUUGCCGAUCUAUGUUUGGUUGCUUAAAGCUGCCCAUGAGGAUAAGCAGAUCAUGGAAGAUCGAUUCAUUGCGAGCGGGGAGACCUUCACGAUUCUUCGAGGAAGUCUCCUCACUGACGGGGAGACGAAGAAGACCGUUCGCGUGGGCAUUGAAGAUCCAAAGACUGGUCGGGAGUCUGCCGCGAUCGGAUAUUUCAUUUCCAGGGAGGAUUCUGGGCGAUGGAUCGCGGAGAAUCUCAUUUUGAAGAAGACUCAGGCAUAUGAGAACAAACUCCUCAUGCUUACUACUUGAUCGCUGCUAUUGCUUGGUUUAAUUGAAGAUGGACUUGGUGUUGCUGGAUACUGUUGAAGAUGACUGUUAUUUUGCUGCGCAACUAAUACGAGCC